AUUGUGCUUUGAUUUUCGCAAUUUUUGAGUAAGUUUUGAGGAAAACCCCUCCCCACGACCAGACUAGUUUCUUGGAAAUAUCAGAGGCGGACGUCGAUUAUCAUAGCCAGCGGACAAGAGCAAUUGCGACGUCCCAAACACUCACAAACACACGCACACACACACGGCGACUAUAUAUAAAUAGAAAAUACUUCGCUACGCAGCUGGCAGUUUGACGUAGUCCGACGGCAAUUCAAAGUAAGUUUUGGAAUAAAUUCGCAGCAGUGUUAAAUUCUGAGUCGCCGCGAGCUUUUGGUUGCCCCCCACAAAACGAUUUUGAGGAGGUUCGCCUAUCCAGUGCAGGAAGAAGGUUGCGAGAGACUAUGCCUACCGAGUGUAUAACGAACCCCCUCCAAAGGGAGCUGGCGGAUUCCAUCAUUCGAAUGGUGCCGCUCGACGAUAUCAGGAUCUUGCUCGCCUGCGGAGCCAAAGUCAAUGAACCGGUCACCCAAGGUCUAACCCCCCUCCACUACGCGGUCUGGCAGAAGUAUUACGAGGCGGCCCAAUUGCUGCUCACGCGAGGUGGUGACGUCAACGCGACCGACGAAUGCGGUUACAGCGCGCUUCAUUUGUCUGCCGAACAUGGAUACCAAGAAUUCGUUCGUCUGUUGUUAAAAUCGGGCGCCAAAGUCGACUACCGCCCGGACACCGACGAGGAUUUUCCUCGUACCACAUUGUGCGACGAACCUCUGAGACUCGCCAUUCGCAACAAGCACAUGCACAUUGCGAGAAUGCUAUUGGAACACGGCGCGGAUCCUAACAAACGAUAUUUUUUUGGAUCCGAAAUCAACCUUGUUACGGACCUGGAGUUCCUCGAACUCUUGUUGACGUUUGGCGCAAACCCGGACAGCAGGGACAGGUCCGGCCUGACUCCGCUGAUGAAGGCUGUCAGACAACCGCAGGGCAUGGAAGCCGUGCUGUUGUUACUAAAGUACGGCGCCGACGUCAACGCAAUGGCCGACGAGCGACACGACUACAGAACCGUAUUACAUUACGCCGUUUUGUCCGGCAACAUCGAAAUAAUAAAUCUAAUUAUUAAGCAAGGGGCUAGAUUAAACUACGAAGAGGAAUAUAAGUUGGAGAAGCCCAGUCCGUUGGACCUCGCCAUUUUGAAAGGCGAUCCUAAAAUCGUGGAACUUCUGAUAAGAUCGGGUUCCGAUGUAAAUUCUAGCUCUCCGAUAAUUGGAUCGCCUCUACACGUGGCUUGCGCUGAUAAUAUAGCAAAUAGAUACGAAAUUCUGCAGAUGCUAUUGACUGCCGGUGCGGAUCCAAAUUUAAAAGUUUUCAACGACGAGUUCGACAGAAAUUCCCAACUCAGGCCUGUCCUGGUCGAAUACAUCGCGAGCAACGACAGUCCGAGCCUAGCCGUGGUCAACUUAUUAAUAAAAUAUGGAGCAAAGGUGAUAAUGAAGACGCAGUUUAGAGAUCCAGACGGUAUGUUAAAUUCCCUGCAGAAUGUAGUAACGAACGAUUCAAUUUUCUUCUUGCUACUGGAAGCGGCUGAGUCGUUCGAUCCCUGCAUGAUUCGUAGGAAUCAGGUGAUUGAUCCCAAGCAGAAGGCUAAGAUGUUGGAACUCGCUAAAUUCCCGCUGACGUUGAAAAAGCAAAUUCGUAUGUACCUCAGGAAGAUCUUGGGCACCAAACUGCUACAAGCGGCUGGCAAAUUUGAACUGCCCAGAUGCUUGGGGAAAUAUUUGCUUUUCGAUUAUAGCUAGGGAACGGGGCGAUAGUCCCGACUACGGUGAUCAAUUUUUUCGGUGAUAUUUUCUAGUAUUGGUAUCUUUUGUGGUACCGUUUUCAAACUAGAAUCGUCGAGGGCGACAAAUUUCACGAUUGACCACUUACAGUGUCGUUUUCUACUAAUGAAGUUCUAAUAACAUUUUUGAUUCAUCUAACUGUGUGUACUGUUGUCCUUUUAACAAGAGUUACCAGAAGAAAUAAGUGAAACUAACAUGAUGAUUAACCCUUAUUAUUCUUAACGAGAUUUUUUUGAAUUCUAAGUCUAACUUUUGACCAAAACACUGCAGACCACUUACUAUAACUAAUAUUGUCUUUAUUUCUGCUAAUAAUGCUUAAAUCAAUAUAACAAAGAUGACUGCAAUAACAAAUCUUAAGAUUUCCUAUCGGACUGUUCAAACUACUAAGCCCUAUGGAAGAUAUUCAACAAUAUAAAAGUGUGUAUUACAGUAUAUCUGUGUUUAUUUAGGAAAUUAAUAUUCUACAUUUUUCUCUUUAAUUUUAUCUAACACCGACUUAGUUCAAUUGGACCUAUUAUUUUUCGUAACUAACUAUAUAAACUAACUACACGCGCACGCAAACUAACCAAAACUAAUUCCUGUAAUUGUGAUUACUAAUAAUAAAACUUAGACGUAACUGUUUACCGGUUAGCAACUAACCUAUAAAUAACAGAACUAAAAAAGUGGUCGCACCAACGAAAAAUCUAAAUUCGGACUAGUAUGUGAUUUAUUACAAACGAUUCCUUGCCAUUGGUAUUAACUCGAUUUAGAAUAUUUCUUUACCUAUAAACGUUAUUUUUUUAGUCGUAAUUUUGUAUAUUUUUAUCCUUGUAUUUGCCUAUUUGUAAUGUGGAAUAUAGAAUA